CCCUCACUUCCGGCCUUGCGCGCGCGCCGUCUGAGCCUGACUGGUGCAAGACGGCCAGCAUGAAGUUCAACCCCUUCGUGACCUCGGACCGCAGCAAAAACCGCAAACGCCACUUCAAUGCUCCCUCGCACGUGCGCAGGAAGAUCAUGUCUUCCCCGCUCUCCAAGGAGCUGCGGCAGAAGUACAACGUCCGCUCCAUGCCCAUCCGCAAGGACGACGAGGUCCAGGUGGUUCGAGGACACUACAAAGGUCAGCAAAUAGGCAAGGUAGUCCAGGUGUACAGAAAAAAGUAUGUCAUCUACAUCGAGCGAGUGCAGCGUGAGAAGGCUAAUGGUACAACUGUUCAUGUGGGCAUUCACCCCAGCAAGGUAGUUAUCACCAGGCUAAAACUGGACAAAGACCGGAAAAAAAUUCUUGAACGCAAAGCCAAAUCUCGACAAGUUGGAAAAGAGAAAGGCAAAUAUAAGGAAGAACUUAUUGAGAAAAUGCAGGAGUGAAUAUAACCUGUUGUGCAACCACGGUUUAACUGUAGAUUUUUAGUCUGGAGUCGGUCUUGGCUUGUUGUCAGCAACCCGUUCACUACAAAUGACGGACCAGAGCUUUGAGAGCUGUCAUUCCCACCACCACCAGCCCCCCACGGGCAACCAGAUCACUGCCAGAAUGCUUGUAUUGAGCCAUGUGAGUAAUAGUGCAUGGUGAAGAGCAGGAGCUCAGCAUCACAUGUGAGUUCUAAUCCCGGCGCUGUCAGUUCCCAGUUGUGUGCCCUUGGGCAAAUUGCUCAACCUCAGGGCCUCAGUGUUGUCAUUUACAAGAUGGAAAUAAAAGGAGUUACCACUUCACUGAGUUGUCAGACUUAACACCCGAGAUACCACGUGUAGAGCAGAGAGCUCAGCAAACUUUAGCUUUUCUUUUAAAGGAGAUGGGCAGUAGGUUUGUUUGCAGGAGCUGAGGGAAAACGUUUUCUCAGGGGAGCUCAGAUAAAUGCCGGUUGGUUUGGGUUUUUUUGUUUUUUGUUUUUAAGAUUU